CGGAGCGGCGCGGGCAGGAGCGGGGCCGGGCCGAGCCCAGGCAGGGAGCGGGGCCGGCGGGGGGCGCGGCUGCGCGGAGCGCGGCUUCCUGAGCGGCUGGCGGCGGCGGCGGCCAUUUUGUGGUGCCUCUCGCCUCCGCCGAGCGGGCCGCGCCGUCGGGACCCGGCGAGGGGGCGAGGAGACGGAGCGAGGGCGGCCGGGGCCGCUCCGCCUCAGCUUCCCUGAGGCUCCCUGCGCCGCGGAGCCCCCCCCCCCCCCCCCCCCCCGGGCCCCGUCACCCUCCGGCUGCGAGCGGCGCUCACGCACCAUUAUGGAAGACGACGGGCAGCCCCGGACCCUCUAUGUAGGAAACCUCUCCAGAGAUGUGACUGAAGUCCUUAUACUUCAGUUAUUCAGCCAGAUCGGACCAUGCAAAAGCUGUAAAAUGAUAACAGAGCAACCCGAUAGCAGAAGGGUCAACUCUUCUGUUGGAUUUUCUGUUUUGCAGCAUACAAGCAAUGACCCUUAUUGCUUUGUGGAAUUUUAUGAACACAGAGAUGCAGCUGCUGCAUUAGCUGCUAUGAAUGGGAGAAAAAUUUUGGGAAAGGAGGUCAAAGUAAACUGGGCAACAACACCAAGUAGCCAGAAAAAAGAUACAUCCAAUCACUUCCAUGUGUUCGUUGGGGAUUUAAGUCCAGAAAUAACAACAGAAGACAUCAAGUCAGCAUUUGCUCCUUUUGGUAAAAUAUCGGAUGCACGGGUAGUUAAAGAUAUGGCAACUGGAAAGUCAAAAGGCUAUGGUUUUGUAUCUUUUUAUAACAAACUGGAUGCAGAAAAUGCUAUUGUACACAUGGGAGGCCAGUGGCUGGGAGGCCGUCAGAUCAGAACUAACUGGGCAACGCGGAAACCACCAGCCCCCAAAAGUACACAAGAAAAUAACACAAAACAAUUGAGAUUUGAAGACGUAGUAAAUCAGUCAAGUCCAAAAAAUUGUACUGUUUACUGUGGAGGAAUCGCUUCUGGGCUAACAGAUCAACUUAUGAGACAGACUUUUUCACCGUUUGGACAGAUUAUGGAAAUCAGAGUGUUUCCUGAAAAAGGUUACUCUUUUGUCAGAUUUUCAACCCAUGAAAGUGCAGCACAUGCUAUUGUUUCAGUUAAUGGAACCACAAUUGAAGGACAUGUUGUUAAAUGUUAUUGGGGUAAAGAGUCCCCUGAUAUGACUAAAAACUUCCAACAGGUGGAUUACAGUCAGUGGGGGCAAUGGAGCCAAGUAUACGGAAAUCCCCAGCAGUACGGGCAGUACAUGGCCAACGGGUGGCAAGUACCGUCAUAUGGAAUGUACGGCCAGGCCUGGAAUCAGCAGGGGUUUGGAGUAGACCAAUCUCCAUCUGCUGCCUGGAUGGGUGGAUUUGGUGCUCAGCCUGCCCAGGGACAAGGUGCUCCUGUAAUACCUAACCAAGCUGGAUAUGGUAUGGCAAGCUACCAAACGCAGUGAGCUGGGACUCUGUUUAAAAGUGUGUAUUUCAUGAUAGGCCGCAGUUUCCAGUGAUGCUCUGAAGACUGGAAUGUAGACAAUGAAAAAAAGAAAAUAUUUAUUUUAAAAAUGGAAAUGUUUGGAACCUUUAGCACAGCUUUGCUUUGGUGAAGGACACAAAUGUCUUCUAGUUCUGCCUUUUUAAGUUUUUGUUCAUGAUGGAUAUGAACAUGUUUUUCUUUGUGUACAAAAAAUUAAAAAUAAAGUCAAUAAAGACAAUUCUGACUACAAAUUUUGAUAUAGUAGGAGAAAUGGCUAAUGAAUUUGAUCCUUAGGUUACCAUUCCAUUUUUUUUGUUCUGUCUUCAGUGUUUUAUAUCACUGUGCUUUUUAAGAGAAAUGACGUUGAAAAACAAAACAGCAAGUUGCUUUUAGUUGAACACACAUCCUGAAAUAAACUGUGGACCAAUCAUUACAACCUGCUAGACAGUAUUGGUUUUUCAAGAAACCUAUGGACAUCGCUCUGAAAGCAUACGUAGGUCUUGGAAUAAUUUUUUUAAAAAAUAUUUAAUUUUUCUACAUGCUUAAAGAAAACAGAGUAUGAUACAAAGAAUAGUUUGGUCUGAAAUGAAAAACAGUACUGUCUGAGUUAUUUCACAUAACUUCUGUCCACGUUCAGGCACAUAUUAUAACUUUUCAGAGCUGGUUUGCUUAUUAAGAUUGUAGGAGUUUGCGUUUAAUUUUGAGAAUUAAAGAAGUUUUUGCAGGUAUGUUGUUUGUAUUCAAAUCAGACAGUCAUACUUGUACUUUUACAUAAAGUUUGAAGGCUACACAUUGUAAAUAUUUCAUAAUUACAGUGUUUCAAAAGCAUGCUCAAACAUAGAGGUAGCAAUGUAAUUAUUCAAAGUAAUACUUAAUAUACUCUACUGCUUUAAAUGCAGUAGAUUGACAAGAAUGUGCAAGACUGACAUUUCCAAAGUUGGCUAUUAUGUAAAGUUACAUAAAGAACUAUAACAAAGAGCCUUAAUUUUAAUUUCAUAAAUCUUUAAUGCAUCACCUUUUUGUCAUUAGAAAUACGAAUUUUUUGCUUUACAUUAUUUGGUAUGUAAAUACCUUGGUUAACAACCUUGUAAACCUAUUUCAAGGUUAUUAUAAGUUGUAUAGUAUCUUGAGUGUUUUGAAAAAUCUUGAUGUUUUUUAAGUCUAGAAAUAUUUUGCCCAAGAAUUUUUUAACAAGAUUGUUAAAAACAUCUUAUUUUAGAGAAUAUUCAAUGUGCCAUUUGGUAAAUGGAGAUGCAGUUGAAACAGUACACUGAGUUGUGACUUAUUUUUAAUUAAAGUUUUUGUCUUUAUGGGUGGUUUGCAUGUGAUGAACCUGUACAGAGGCUGGGUUGUUUGUGUACUGAGUGUGUAAAUGGAUAAAUCAUGAAGAUGUUUAAAUGGUAUACUUGGGUUAUUUCUGAAUAAUUUUAUGGAUACAUUGAUAUAAACUGCCUCAAUAAAUUUGAAGUUGAAAAUGAAUGUAAGUUAGAUAUAAGUACUGUCUCUUACCUAUGACAGCUAGGGGGUGCAAAUGUUUCAGCUGUAUUCAGAAAUACACUGAGGCAGCACGAUUAAAUGUAGGAUUUGCAGUGGUAGACCAGUGAAGCAAACUUGCAUUUUAAAAGAAGUGGAAUGUUUGAUUUUAGGUGCUGUAGUUCUAAAGGAGUGUUUGAGAAGCUGUAUAUUUUAUCUUUUCUGUUUCUUUCUGUGCAGGUGUUGCAAGUUGGAAUAGAUUUUGAAAUAGAAACUUGCAGUUUUUUUUUAAACCCAGCCAGGUUGUGCAAUUAACAACACUUAAUGCUGUAGCAAACGACAUGAGGUUUUUUUCUUCCUCUUCUACUUGACGUGUUUAAUAGUACCUUGAAUUUUAGAUCAGGUUGAAAGUGAGAUAUUGUGGAAGAGCAAUUUAGUCAGUUGGUUCAACUGUACUCAGAGAUACUUGCAACUCCAGGCUUCUAAUGCAUGCAAUAAUGACUGAAGUUAGCGUGGAACCAUAAGUGCUUGUGAUGACAGAACUGGCCAUGUAUCUCUGUUUCUCCUUUAUCAUGUGUGUUGUGUUCUUUUGCUGAAGUUAGGAAUCUCAUCCACAGGACUCUUGUUUUUUCUAUAAAUUUUGUAUAUAUGUGUAUAUCUACGCGAGGAUCGGCCUAUACAUUGUAGUUUGGAAAAAAAAAAUCACAAGUAAGUCUGCAUUUUUGUUAAACUCAUCUGGUUUCAAAAAAAAUGAUCAUGAGUUAGAUCUGUGAAUUUGCAAAUUAUUUUAGGGUUUCUUAGACUUCACUUGAAAUCUGGGGUUUCUACGUAAUUCUAGGUGUUUGAGUUCUGAUUGUUCUGGAUACAUGCUGGUGUGUAAGCAGUAUGUUCUUUAGGCGCUACUGAAGAUUUCGGUGUUGCAAGUACAUUGCCACGUAAUGCCCAUAUAAGUGGGCGUAAGUUUAAGGCAGUGAUCUUUCAGGUCUCAGUAUGGACUUCACUUUGAAUCUGAUUAAAUAACAUGCCUGGUGCGGGGUUGGGCGUUACCUGACCUGUGUUUCAGGAUGACAGAUAGGAUAUACUUUCUCCUUUGAGUCUUUUCUCCUUGGCUUUUAUACGGCUGUUCUUUAAUGGUGAUAUUUCUUCGCAGACUACUCAAGAUACGGGAGUCUCCAGGGUCCUUUAAUGUUUCUGUAGCACUGCGAGGAAGAGUUGUAAUUUGGAUUGCUUUCUACUCAGUAGCGUUCGUAAAUGCAUUACUGACAACUUUUUGGCACCAAAGAGCCUCUUGCACCAUACUGCUUUUAUGAAUGACUGUUACACUGUUGUAAUUUCUCUAACUACAGAAAUCAACCACUACCUAACCCCUUACCGCUAGGAUUUGAAUUUCAAAAAGCAUUGAUUUAUCAUGGCUUACGUUGAUGCGUGCAACCUGAAGCAAGGUUGUAAUCUGCAUUUGCAGAAAAUGUUCAAUAAAAGUGAAACAUGAUAAAGGGCUUAUCCUCUUGUCAUCUGUCAAAACGUUGUCCCUCUUCGCUGUAAAACUGACAAAAGGUAUAUAAGGCUGAACCUGUAAACUAUGCACUUGAAACCAUGUAAAAGAUGUUUUAUUUACAAUUUUUUUGUGGAAAGCCAAUUUGUAUUUUGCAGAGUUGCAGUAGGAAGGCUGUACAUCUAAGGUUUUGUGUAGCUUUUCAUCGGUCCUGCCUCCUUGUGUAUAUUUUAAAUUAUAUUCUUCCUGCAGAACCUGCUUCCUUAGUAAGUUAACUUCAUAAGACAGCUGUUCACUGUGUCAGAAUCAUUUCUCAUUUCACUUACCAAAAAAAUCUCACAGUGAAUAAGGCUGAGUUUUGAAGAAAAUGAGCGAUUUGUUUUUUCUUGUGUUUGUACACAAGGAAGUGGACUUAAACUGUAUGGACAUAAUUAGUGUCUGAUGCUUCUGAUCUGACUGUUUUUGAACAAGGGCACAGGUCUUUGUUACAUGGAACUGUUCCUGGUCAGCAAUAAAAGAUUUUGUUGCACUGUUCAUAAAUAGCAAGGUAUAGGCAAUCUUUUAUUCAGUGUGCUUCAAAAUAGAUGGAUGGGAUUUGAAAAGAACUAAAGGUCUUGUUUCAGCUUGAAUCUUCAUACAUGUAUGUGUCUAUAUGAAGAUUCAUAUACUUAUAUAUAGGUAGACACAGCAUGGGGUGUUUGAAGUUAUUCUGGACAGCUGUUUUGAUAGCAAAAGCAAAAUGUUCUUAUGAAACUGAACAUCUAUUCUGAUCGUAUGGAGUGGUGCCUGUUACACUUUGGCAGAACUAGGGGUUUCACUAUUUAAUGUUCCUGUUCAUAAAAAGGCAUCUGAAAAGCAAUAGCUGCUGGAGGGGUUUUUGUGAUGUGUGAUUUCAACCAACUCAUGAAUCCAGUUGAUUGCUUUUUGGGAAAAAAAAUAAGUGAAAGAAUUAAAAAGGUGUUUGUGUUUUUCAGUAUUUGUCACCUGGAUGAAAUCUUUUUUUUUCCCUUUCUACCGUCACUUCACGUCAAAGACAAUGUUCAAAAUGUUUUCUGAAUGUUUUAUUCUAAAAAAGAAAUAGGGCUUCAUGAUGAUGAGUAAACACUGAUUGUGUCAUCUUCCUGAGGAUACAUACUGAUCUAGAUCAUGGAUGUGGAUGACAUGCUCUGUGCUUACUGACAUUUAAAGGGUAGUGUUUCAGAAAGUUUUGAGUUGAUAUUAGUAAUGAUUAUUUGAAUACAAGUUAUUUGUGCUGAAAUACACCGCCACUCAUGCUUUGAUUAAAGCUUGUCUGAGCCUUUUUGGUUAUUAAGUAUUGCUGAUAAGCUGUGAGAAGAGACAUCGCUUCACCUUGUUUCUUAGUGUUCAGGCUGUCAUUCAUUAAGACACCUACGUUGCAGUCUUGUUUUGAAGAAGAACACGUGAUGGAAUUGUAUGAAGGAAUUCAGUGCAGUCUGCCUUUCUGUACUAAAGGACGAUAGCAUCUGAAUUAUUUCAGCCCUUUGGAAACAAGGGAUCAGAGGGCUUUUGGAGGACCCAAGGCUCUUUAACCUCUGGCACUUCAUUUUAAUCUCUCCAUUUUUCCCAGAGAAGCUCUCCAGGAGAUACAGGACAAGGAGGAAAGCUUCAGCUCAGAGUUGCUCACCUGAACUGGGGUAUCCUGCUUCUGCUCACAGUGCCUGUCACCUCCCUUUGCACAAACUCAGAUUCUCACUCAUCCCAGGUACUCAGCAGCUGUCCUUUCCAGCCACUUGCAGGGAAGGGGAAGGAGAAUGAUUGAAAGUGAGAAGGAGUGGUGAAAUGAAGUGGUGCACAUGCUAGACAAGUGUUGUACAUGAGCAGCACCAAGAACACCAACUCCUGUUGUUGAACACAUUCAGAAUCAUGACAGGCUUAAGCAGAUUGUGCAGCAGUAUCUGAAGGGUUGUGAGCAUUCAGAAACAAAUUUGCUUUAUGACUUUGCUUAAAAUAAUUUUACUUUACAAUUAAAAAUGUAGAAAACAUAUAACUUUGCUGUUUUCUUUGUUUCCUGAGAAAAUAGGUGCACAUUAAACAGCCAAACUAGAACACCUAAGUUAACUAAGCAAAGAAAUCUGGGGUAAGCUUCUGUUUCCAUAGACAUUUGUUUAAUUUUGGUCUCUUAGCUUGGCGUUCUGUCGUUUGCCUGCAUUGACCCUUUUGUUUGUAUAGUCGAAGUGGUUUGAAACAGACACAGCUGCAUCUUGCGUGUCUUCCUAUUCUUUAAAAAUCUAGUUUCUGGGGCAGGGAUGGGUAGGAAUUGAGUAAGAAUCACGAGCCUUACCACAUGAAACACUGAAGAAUGCUUAAGUUUCCCAGCUGGAAGUUGACUUGCUAGUGCCAACCUGCAGUGUAAAUAUCCCAGGUUGCAAGGAGUAGCUGCCAUCCUCUGUUUGAGUAGCAAGGUCUUUGACCUUAAUACACAGGUAAUUGUUGUUGAGGUACUGUUCUCUGAUAAUGCUUGUGGUUUCUUUGACCCUUUCAGUGAAGUAAUCUUUUCCAUUCCACAAAUGAGUUCCUUCCUCUUAUGCUGUCAUCAAGCAUGAGAGGAAAGACCAAUUAACACAAUUUAUGGCUUCCAUUUUGGGUCUCAACGUGGGGGUAGGGGGGAAUAACCUACUUUGGUAUUAAAAGAGCCAUCUAGUUCUGCAAGAUGCCUCUGUAGAACCGUUUCUAUUUGAGUUUUACUUGCACCUGAAACCACAAGGAGGCUACACCAGUGUAUUUUAGAUCGCGAGGAAGGAACCGGCCCCUUGGAACCGCUGUUACGUGCUACAGCUACCGUAAGGGAUCACUGUUGUACUGUUAAAUGCUGGAAACAUUUGUGUGUCGCUGCUGACUCUUAAGUGCAAGGCUUGUUUUCUGUAGAGAAUAAACUUGUCCUGUGUAUUUGCAGAUGUUCAGAGAAGGCUGAGCAUCCACCAUUGUUUUCUGAAGUCCUGCUAUCUUAAUAUGAGUAAGGGCUUUGUUCUGUCAUUUACAGGUAUGUGGCAUGGUUUGUAGGAGAAUUGUCUGUUGCAUUAAUGACUAUUUAAAAUCAUAGCUAAUUUCAAACAUGCUGUUUAAAAAAAAAAAAAACAAACGUGUUCCUAGCUUGCUAUUCCUAGAUUAUCCUUACCUCCUGCUAUAGGGCUUUUUGUAUUCUAUGGGAGAAAACUAAGAAAUGCCAUGAAAUCUCUUAAAUCCCUUUAAAGGGACACUCUCAGAAGCUGGCAAGUUGCUGUAAACUUGCAGUAUGUGUAUAAUGACCUUGUUCCAGAGGCUUACACGUUUCAUAUACAUGGCUAAUAUAUUUUGAAAAACAGUCCAUACCUGUGGCCAGAGGAAUGAUUUAGAUAUUACUGAUUACUGCAUGCUUAAGAAGACGUAAGGCUGGUAUGCUAUACUCCCAUGGACUGCUUAGAGUACUCCUUUCAGCAUCGUUUUGUUGUAUGGCCUUUUGAGAAGAUCUUGGCCCACCAAGAUACGCCCAUGGAAAUCUGGCAAGGUUGCAAUACUGUGCUUUAAGUCCAUUUUACACGGUCACAGCAACAAGUGUUGGGCAGAAGCUGUGUAGAAGUAGAAAAAUGACAUUUCAUCAAAAUGCCUGUACUGUAGAAUCUUACAUGGAAGGUAGUGCUGUAGUCUUUUCUUUCUAUGUAUGACUUCUAAGUAAAAGGAAGGAAAGAUGUUAUCUCAUUAAAAAUAUUCAAGUGUGACUAAAUCUUUGUCUUCUGGGGCUGUAGGAAGACAUUCUUUCGUAACUUAUCAUUGCAGAAAAUACAAAUGGAUGCUUAGAUUGUGGGUUGUGAUUUGGUUACUGCUAAAACUUUGUAUCUCUUACUUUCAUGCCCAGUCUAUUUUGCUGUAUUUUUCAUUUUAAUUAUGUAUGUUUCUAGUCAACAGAGUUAUAUUUACCUUGUAUGUCAACCUGUUGCAUUUGCACCUGUUUCUUAGCAGACACGCAUUGACUUCAGGUAUCACUUUUAAUGUUCUUAAUGCUGACCUAUAAAAGAUGAUGACCACCCUUCCUCUGUAUUGCAACAGUUUUUGAUUUCUUAUCCAUGUUCUAAUAUUUACAGAUGAAUUUUGAAAGCAUGUGUUAAUUUUUACUAUUUUUUUUAAAUCUUCAGGUUUGAACCAGACUGGACUUGCACAAAAUCUGAGAUUUCUUUAUCCCUACUCCACCUCCCACUAAUUACAGUCCUAAUUACAUGUAAGCUGGAGUGGCUUAGAAUGCAUUUAAGGUUUUGAUGCUGAUUUUUCAGUUCAUUUGUAGUUGAAUAUGUUAAUGUAGUUUAACCAUGUCAGAAUUUUUCUUACUGUAAAAGUGCCUUGUCAUGAAAAACCUGAUGAAAGAUGAUUUCUUCAUCUCAUAUUUUCAUGUGCAGAGCUACUUUAUUUUCUGCAAGCUGUAUAGAAAUUGUGUAGGUAUCCUGGAGGAUUGAAAAAAGAAAAAUGACACAAUUUGUAUUUUUUUUUUACCAGUUUAAAGACAGCAUAAAAGUGAAAUAAAAUUUGGUCCCCUUAAUUCUUUCUCCUUUAUUUUAAUAGAAAAAAAGAAAGCUAAGUAAAAAUAUCAAUGCUUUUGGUGAAACAAAUGCACAUUAAAUAUUAAACUAAUGAAACUUGCUUCUUUGCUGUCAGAUGCAAAGGACUUAAAUCUGUUCUUAAAAAAAUCACCUAAUUAAAUUGCAAGCUUUGAAAUGCUCAUGAUUUUAUUAGUGCAAUUUAGGAAGAGGCCCGGGUGUAGCUGCAAUAUAAGGAAUAAGCACUACUGGAAUUUGGGUUUUGCAGAUUGUAUUUGUGCAUAAUGCGGUUGGAGCUGGAGCAUUGAGGAGUGUUACACAAGCUUAGGAAUAAAAGUUGAUCCUGUGAAACUUCUUAUACUAGGAAGUAUAAUAAAUAAAGCAGUGAGUCAGAGCUUUUUCCAAGUUCAAAAUGAGGGAUGUUGGACGCAUUUCCCUGGUUACUCCUGAUUCAUUUAGGUAAGCCUGAGCAUUAAAGUUUCCUACCAGAAUUCUCUUCAAAGCUGUUUGUGCAUCACAGGAAGGGUGCAUUUAUAUUUUCACUGUAUGUAUCGUACUAAAAGAUUAAAAACACACUUUAUCAUCUGCUCCUUUACUCUGAAAUUUGUGGAACUCCUGAUAGUAAAUGCAUUUAACAAAAGCCUACAAAACGUAGUCAAACUAUAAAUGGCUUACUCAUUUAAGGUUAUUAUCUGAAAGAAUACCAGAUCUUACCAAAAUGAAAUCAGUGCUUUUUCAAAAUGAAGUAGACUUAGCCACACUCUGGUGAAUUCUAGCAUAGAGCUUGUCAGUGAUUUCUUUGUGUUUAAACUAUGAAAACAAGAAGCUAAAAUAUUUAGAUUAAAAAACAAAACAAAAAACACCCUCUGGGUUCAUGAUACUCUGUGUGCAUUUCAACAUUGGCUUAUUUGGAAGAAAAAACUUGAAGCAGCGUUUGCCAACCCAUCAUGAACGCUAAGAUAAGUAUUUGUGAAGUCUGAAACCUGAAUUUAUGUAUUGGACCUAUCAUAUCUCUGAACAGUCUGUGAUUUUAUGCAUGUAUUGUCAUGGAUUAAAAUGCCUGGUGUGCUGUGGCCAGAAUACAGCCUUCAGUGUGGCGUUUACUCUUAUUUCUGCUGUUACAUGUGAAGUCACCAUCAUAUAAGGCAAGAUUUGCCAGUCUACAGAAUUUAUGUUAACAGAUCACUUUCUGUUUAAAUUCAUGUAAAAACUUUGGGGUAAGAUGCUGAGGUCAGCCAUAUACAAUAAAUUACUUUCCCUUUGAAAGUCAUAAAAUCACAGUAAUGUUUUUGUUUUAUGAAUCUCUUUUGGAAGAGAAGAUUAAGUGGUUAGUCCUUGGGUUUGAGGGAAAAUGAAUUUUCCUAGAAAUUAAUAAAGCUGAAAGCGAGCUUAUUUGCAUCACAGACUUUGAGGAAACCUAAGAACCUCGUCCUCUGUCUUUGCAGCUAGCCAGACCUCAUUGCCAGCCAUGAACCAAGGUUAUGGUGUGCUUUAGUAACAAGCGUGGCCGAACUGGAAAACAAGCCUUAAGAGCCUAAACUCACCCCCCUGUUCUUGUGUAGCACAGACAGGAGUUUUCUACCAUGAAGACCCCUCUUUAAUUUAAGUGUUUUAGAUACCAAGUUUGGGGUCUACUUCUUAGAGUGUAAAUCAGGAGUACUUCUGCUGAAGUCAGUGAAAUUAUAUUACUGUAAAUGAAACCUUUAAGUCAUGAGUUGGGUUUCUCAUAGUCUGUUCUAAUUGCAGUUGAUUAGUUUUGAGUCUGUCAACUGGAAUUUGGCAUUGAAAUGAGCUGUGUGUUUUGCACAUUUUCUGUGAUGUUAUUCAUAGUUCAUCAUGUUCAAGAAUAGACUUCUGCAGUGGAAACAGCUAAGCAUAACUGCUUCCAUUUCUUUUCAAAAACAGCUAUUUAAACUGAAGUCCAUAGAUUACUCUUCAGGAUACAAGUAAAAUUUUAAAGUAGAAUCUCUGAUCUCCUUGCCUGAAAUUACAAACUUAUUAAGUGUGUUUCUGCCUUGUUGGGUACCUUGCACAAUCUCAUUUCUUCUGUUUUCCUUUUUUUUUUUUUUUUCCUAGCGCAUUCCUACCACUGUCAAUGGGAAAUUUGCUGAACUCUAUCCAAAUCUUUAAACCUAUCCUCACUUAAGAUAAUGACUGAUCCAAGGUUUGUUGCUUCUCAGUAUGCUAACAAGUAUUGUAUGUAGAGAAUGGAGUGGGAGAAGGAGAAACAAAGCUCAUAAAAGCUUUUAUGUUCAGUUUUCAGUGAACUUUUCCUAUUUUAACUUUGAGUACUUUUGAAAGCAGAAAUAAAAGCUGAAUAUAAAAUAUAAUCAGAUGGUAUGGUUUCAUUGAUUAAACGUAUCUCCAGCUUUCAGUGUUUCAGUUUUAAUGGUACACAGUUCUUGAGAUGCAAGUGCAAUGACUCUGUGUGAAAUGUGUUUUCUGCUGUAUUGCCUGGCAUAGCCUGCAGACUUAGAUCAUGUUGUAUUUGACAGCCAAAGGUUAUCAAACAAACAUGUGGGUUGUAUCAGCCUAGUAAUUUCUAAUGGAAGCUUUGCCCUGUGAGACUAAGGAAAAACCUCAUAAAAUUGUUGUGAUGCAUAGUCUUAAAAUCUAUUUAAGAAUGUAUAAAUCUGGCAGGUAGGCACUGGCACAUUUUGACUUAAGUCAUAGCUAAAGUUGCAUGUGUACUUGUACAGGUGUUGCAGUUUAUUUGUGGGGGAAAAAAGCAAAAAUCCCCCAAAUGCCUGAAUAUCUUCACCAACUUCACCUGGAAGGAAAUUUCCCUCAUUGCUAAGGCUCACAAAGCGCUGAAUGUCAAGCAGAAGAACGGAGCACACAGCACGGGCAUCUGAGACCCUGACCCAAGCCGCACUGGCAGUCGUGCCCAGCUCAAGGGAACAAGUCUGUGGGAGCAGUCCAAUUGCUCAUGCUUUCAAGAAAAAGAGGGAGAAAUAAGAAUUACUGAAACCAAUUUUGUGUAAUUUUGUGUCAAGGGGAAGAAAGAAAACAAGAAAAUCUCCUUCAGGUUUUAUGGAUAAAUACGUGGCAGAGCUGAAGGUCAGCGUUAGCAGAACAUGAAUGGAGCGCAAAGGGCUGGCUGGGCUGCCUGGAGCUUCCUGGAGACACCACUGCGGGAACACAAACUGCCUUCGCUCUUCAGGUGUUCUCAUAUUUAUCUACUCCUGUUUCCAAAUGCAUGAUAUUCAGUCUUAAAACAACUCAGAUAACUUGUCUGUAGAUUAAAUUGAAGAUUGUUUUUCUAGGAGUACUAAUUACAAGAGUUUAAAGCCAAAACUUUUGUAACACCUGAUACUUAAAUAAAAUUUGGUGGUAUCUG